AUGGGAGUGAAUGAUGUUUUCUUGUCCCCGACUCCAGGGGAUGAUUCAAUUCGUGACCGACCUCUUCUACCUCAUGCAGCUGUGGCACAGCGAACUCCGGAGGCGAGCACAGGUGAGAUGGCUCAGGGGAACUUGUUGCCAUCACCGCUGCCGACGCCAAUGACGCAUGCGGCAAGGGCAGCAGAGACACCUCAGUCUGGUCUGGGACUGGCAUUUGCGCAACAUGGAGCUAGUGCUGCAAGAUGGUUUACAAGACUUGGGGAGUUUGUGCAGAGGAGGGUGGCUCAACAAAGCAGACCAGGCCUAGAGACUACGCUAGUCCAAGAGACAGUUUGGACUCCGGGAGGAUCUGCAAGACAUGUAACCCCUGCUCAGUCCGAGACACAACCUUUGUUCGAUGCUGGACAGACAAGGCGCUUGAGAGAAAUGUCUUUGGCGGCGCCGCAACUCUACGGAAGUACAGCACAGAGGAAUGGAGGCUCGGACUCGUCAGCUUCGUAUACCAGAGAGCAAAUGGAGCUAGAAGUUCGACGACAAGUUGAGCAGGCGAUGCAAGGACAGCAGGGUUUGUCGGAGGAGAAUCAGCGCUUGAGAAGGGAAUUGGAGACUGUACGAGCACAGGCUUUGCAGGUCUUGGAAGUCUCUCAGAGGGAGCGCAGCGUGGGAAGGCCAGAGUUCGUGAAUGCAGUGAGAGAAGGGGGUGUAUCCGAAGGCAAUCCACCACCUGGACUUUCUGUACACAAUGGCGGACAGGAGGGCUUGAACGGAGCGCGGCUCCAUGGAGCAACGGACCAAGGUGCUCAGGGAGAACACCGCGUGCAGGAUGACGAGCAGAGGCCAGAGGCUGUUCUGGGGUCGCAUGGAGCACGGCGGGAAGGAUUUUCUGAGCGAAUGGGCCGAGCCUAUGGGCGCGGUAAAGCGGAACGGGCGCGAAGCCAUAGCGAACCUAGAGGUUAUCUUGCGGAUCUUCUAGGUCGUUUUGGAGGGUCCGAAGGGCACGAGGGCAAUGGUGGUCACGGCGUAUCUGGCGGCAAUCCUUUGGGACUACCGGAGCGUGUUGGUGAUGCUAGAGGCUUUCUUGCCAAUCAAGGAGCGGGUCAAGGCGAUCGGGAGUCGACUUGGUUUGCAUCGAAGGAAAGGGUCGCUUCUGCAGAUAGAAGUUAUGUAUCCGGAGGCAAUCCACCUGGACUUUCGGUACACAAUCGCGGACAGGAGGGGGUCUUUCAGAAUGAUGUUCAGCACGUGCAGGGCAUGACAGGUGAUCAGGGCAUAAGUGGUGGACACACGUUUCCAUUUCCCAGUGAUGAUGUUGCUGGACAGGCACAGCAGGGUCCAAGUCCUGGAGUGGGAGGUGGGCUAUCAGAUGCCAGUCACAUGGAUGCACUGCUACGGGGAAUGGCCCAGCUACAGGCGGCGAUGACCAUGCAGUUGGGUAUGGCAGCUACGAAGUCAGAGGCGAUAAGACCAGGUACGAGCGGCGCGGAGUUGCCUAAGCUGGUGGAGGCGGACGAGUUUGCUGCGAUCAAUGUGGGAGAUUGGUUGCAUGGUCUCUCAGGCCCAAUGGGGGAUUUGACGGAUGGAAGCUCGCAAUGGUGGUCAGAGAUGAUGGUUUGCCUGGACCAGUUCUACCAGCAGUUUGUGACCUCCUCGGCGGUGAAGAAGUUACAGUUGAAGGCGGAAGACUUCAUGUCAAAGAUGCUGAAGGAGCCUCGGUGGCAUCGUGUGGACAAAAGGGCAGCCUCAAUGCUGCUGCAAGCAGUACCGGAGGCUAUCAAGUCAGAGUUGCUGGCGAACCGUCUGAGUUCAACACUUGGUAUUCUAGGACGAAUACUCACCAUAUAUCGUCCGGGUUCAGCUGCGGAACGACAACAAGUACUGAAGGCCCUAGAGGCUCCAAGUGCUAGCGGAUCUCCAGUGGAGUUGGUUGAAGUGCUUAGAAAGUGGGCGCGUUGGCUAAAGCGAGCACAAGAUCUUGGACUACAAGUACCAGACGCUUCAAUAUUGCUGAGAGGACUAGACGCAGCAACGAGGGGGCAGCUCUCUCAGUACCACGAGGUUAACUUCAGAACAAAUAUAUUGAGGUUCAGCCUAGACUUGGAUGCAGCCCCAACGCUAAGCAACGUGACCAGGUUCCACCACCAUCUCCUCGGCGAGUUUGAGCAGUUGGCCUACAGAGGACGUGGAAAGGGGGGUACAGCAGCAAGUGCAGUGAUAAAGAAUGUAGCGGUGACCGGGGGCGAAGCAGCAGGAUCCUCUACCCCGAAGGGUGGCAGCAGUCCACAAGCGGCUACAUCAAGACCAUGCAAAUUCUAUGUGUCAGAGACUGGGUGCCAGCGAAGUAACUGCAAGUUUGCUCAUGAUUGGUCUGCAAUACCCAAGGAAGAGCGUGCUGAGAGAUGCAAAGGGUGUGGGGGAAAAGGCCACAUGCGAAAGAACUGUCCAGUGAAAGGAGCAGGCCAAGAUGGUGGGCGUCGUGGUGAUGAAGGAAAGGGUGGGCAGCCACCUAAGGUGCGGAACGCAGCAACCACCAGUGGCAAUAAGGGCUCCGAUGGAAAAAGAGACGAUGGCACAGUACCUCAGAGCUCGUCGGUGACUUCCAGCACCCCGGCGUCUUCGUCAUUGGGGGCUUCUACGGACUCGUCACAAGGAGGCGGGGGUCUGGCAGCACAAGGUGCUGGGACCUCUAACAAGGAGAUGGAUGACUUCUUAAAGAACGCGGCCCAGGUGUUGAAGAUGAUGACGGAUCAACAGGGGCAAGGUGGCGGUGGACACCCUUCCAUGAAGAUGUUGAAGAAAGUGGCGGCACAGUACGAAGCGAAGAUGGCUUUGGUAGACUCGGGGGCCACACACCCGUUGCGGAAGGCGACUACCAGUGAAUGGAUGGAAGCCCCAGAAGUUGAUGUGGUGGUGGCAGGCGAUGCUACAACUCGCAUGCGUCAAAACACCUCUGGAACUUGGCUGACGCAACCCACGGAGGACAUGGCUGGUUCGCAAACUAUAUUGCCAGUGGGAAGCCUGGUGAGUGUUCUGGGUUAUGAACUUCGGUGGAGUCGAAGGAGAUGUUUUCUUAGGGCUCCAGACGGCAAGGAGAUUCCGCUGAAGGUGUCCUCGGGGUGUCCGGAGGUGGAUGAGGCCAAGGCUUUGGAGCUGAUCGCGGAGAUUGAGCAGGGGAAUGUGGACCGACUCAACCAAAGCAUGAAGGCGACACAGGUGGCAAUGCUGCGGGCGUGUGUUGUGGAGCGGGAUGAUCAAUGGGAAAGGAGCCUGGAGUGCUACGUGCAGAACGGGGCCUUCGAGGAUGGGUUUCGUGCAUUGGUUUCAUUCCCCUGGGCGAGGGAUCUACCUCGUGAAGAUCUGGUUAAGGCGGUCACGGAUCUCCCGAAGGAUGCAGCCGAAGCGUGGUCGCUUAUGUUGCAGCUGGGUUUCAAUCGCCGGAUGAGAAAGCGCAUGAUGCACAAGGACUGGAUAGUCAAGCUCUUCAGUGGUGCACGAACUCCAAUGGACAAGAUGUUUAAGGCGUUGGAAAGCAAUGGCUCUAUGGUGUUGGAUGUGGACAUUCAGAGGAUGACUACCUUGGAUCUUCGGACCCCAGGGGAUGGCAUCAUGAAGCUGUUGCUAUGGGGAGCUGCGACAGGAAGAGUAGCGGCUGUUAUAGGAGGAGUACCCAGAACCAGCACAAGAGAGAAUUUGGUUAGAGCUACGGUGCUUGUGGAGAUUGCCAAGGCUGGUCGUUGCAGCAUGUGCAAGGAGGCAGAUGUUCCUAUGGAUGGAGUCGCCACGGCUUUGUGGGCGUCGUCGGAGGCCGAGGAGGAUGAGACGUCGGAGGUGUGGACACAACCCUGGUUCAGAAGAUGGGUGGAGGUGCAUUCGCUGGAUGUACUUCACUUCGAGCAGGGAGGUCUGGGGCACUCUUUGAGGAGACCAACGGUGCUGGUGACCAACCUGGAUGUUUCUGAGCUACGAGGAGUACGUGAUUCACGACAAUCUCAUGAUGCAACCUCCUCUUCGUGGGCGGCGUGGGCUCCUAUGCUAUCAAGGACGUUGGUGCAGGGUUUGAAGAGAUGGAAGCAACGCCCAGGAUGGCUACCAAGGAUGAUGAGAGCACUCAAGGCGGUGGAUAGAAAGAUGUGGGAAAAGCAUUUGGCGAACGACCACAUACCCUACAGAGCAGACUGUUUGCAGUGCAUACACAAUUCCACGGGCAGGCCUCACCGUCGUUGCCUACAUCGAGACUGCUAUGUGUUGAGCGCCGAUGUGUUGGGACCAGUAAGAAUAGCAGGACCAAAGGGGGAGCGACAUGCUAUUGUGUUCACGUACCAGUUCCCCAAGCAGUCCAUGGUGCCAGAGGACCAACCGAUCCCAGAGGAAGAACUAGAAGGUUGGAGCUUGGAUGUUGCAGAACCCAAACUUCAAGAACUACCACCAGAGGACUAUGACUACGAGCCAAGUGAAGUUCUGGAUCCGGAGCUGUCUAAGGAGGAGCUGGGGGAGUUGAAGGAGGCGCAAGCUGAGGAGACGCACCCAGUGGACAUGGCGGAGAUUCACAAGCUCAAAGCGGGUAAGAAAGACAAGGAGUCUCAGGAUGAUUGGUGGGAGUUCAGGGAAGCUACGGGAACUUUGAUCCGGCAUCACGUGGCGGCAAGGAGACAGCUUUUUCGGCCUACGUCUUGGAAUGGAUGCCCAGUGCACCCAGCAAAGUUGGACCCGACGAGAAUUACCGAGAUUCAGUAUGAAGGAGGAGGUGUGGACAUGGAAACUUCAGACUGGCAUGGCAUACAGUCGGGUGCUAGAAAGUUGGAUCGAAUGUGGAAGGGGCAGACUACUUUUCGUAUUUCACCAGCGGAGGACCCUGAGGAGGAAGAGAUGUUGAAAAAGGAUGAGGAGAACUGGGAAAAGAUCAUCGGCGACCUCACGCAGCCUGUCGAGUUGGAUACGAUUUAUAUGGUGUACCCUAUCCGAGCCAGACGAGGAGGAGAUGCUAUGUUGGCAAUCCAAGAGGCGGUGUUGAGGUUGAAACUUUGGGGAUACCCAGUUGCCAGACUACAUACGGACCGUGGUUCGGAGUUUGCAUCGAAAGGGUUACGCAAAUGGCUGCUAGAUCACGAUAUCUACCACACCCGCUCGGAAGCUUUAGUCCCUCAGACAAACGGAGCUGCAGAACGUGGAGUACGAUGGUUUAAGACAAGAGCCAAGGUGUUGUUGGAUGAGGCCAAGAUCCCUAUGAAGUUCUGGACUUUGGCAAUGCAACAUGCGGCAAAUCGGAGGAUCUAUGACCGUCUUGGACUUCAGAAACCGCAACUGUUACCUUUUGGGUCUGAGGUGAUGAUCAAGCGCAAAAUCUACGGCAACAACAAGAAGUAUGACCUCAUGGACAGGUGGGAAAAGGGGAAGUACUUGGGUCUAUCUGACUCAAUCAAAGGUGGCUCGAUUGUGUUACGACCCAGUGGUGUGGUAACGGAGACUCUGAAUUUGAAGAUGGAUGUGGUGGAUCCUCAUGUACUACUAUCGGAACCUCGGGAGACGGAGAUGGAUGAUGGAGGAGGUGUAGGGCCAAUGAAUGUGGAGGAACGACCUGUUCUACACCUACCGGAGCCAGAUCAUCGUCUACGAGGAAAACGACCCCCACCGGAACUUCGAAAGCUAGAGGCUGAGGACUUUCAAGGGAGGAGUGUUAAGCCAACAGGGUGGACAAUGAGGUCGAUGCUACGUUCCCAAGAAGACCGUGCUAAGUACCUGUAUGAUAUGGGCAAGUUCGAUGAUGAGUCGUGUGCAAGACUUUUACAGGAAAUGGACAUAACAGGAAAGACGAGGACUUCGUCGAGGGGCACGGGAACUUCAGCGGCGGUAUUGGGCGCAUUUGUUCAUGGAGGCAUGAGGGGAAUAACGUUGGCAGCUCGAAAACGGAGCUGGCUCACGAAGUAUCUCAAUAUGGUACUGAGACUUCGGGUGGCAGAGGACCUGAGUGAGGAUGCUACAUGGACAACGCUUGGUGUCUUUAAGGCCGCGGACAUUCCACCUCACAAAGAUCUACGGAACCAACCGGGCACCAAGAACUAUGCUACAGAGGUUGGUAGUAGGGUCACACACGGACUUUGGGUCGCAAAGUGCAAUGGUGAUACGGGUUGCCAAGGAGGAGGAAAGAAGUUGGACUACUCCAAGGUCAUGCCUGAUGGAGGUGUGGUGCUAGGGGACAUUGUGAAGAUCAAUGGGUAUGCGGUGUCCUUUGACCCAAGGACAAUGCACUCCUAUGUGGAUAAGGAAAAGGAUCGCUGGAUAUUGGCUGGGUUUACACCAUUGGGGGUGGAAAAGCUCAAACCGGAGGCGGUAAAGCAGUUGCUACAAAUGGGCUUUCCUUUGGAGGGAUCCUCGGUGCCUUUGGAUGGUGUUGAAGGGAGUGAUCAGUCGGCUUCUAUGUCAUCGUCUGAGGAGGAGUCUGAAGGCGAGGAGGAAGAUUGUGUAGAGUAUAAGGCCAAGGUCCUUCGGUGUGGAUUGGAGCAACAGGAAUCACUACGGGGAGAAGGAGAACAUCGAGAUGAGUGUGCUCUACGUAUGGAGACCUUGCUGGAGGAUUUUGGGAACAGUAUCCGAAGAUCGGAAAGGAGACGUAUGAAAAAGAUUAUGAAGGUCUCUCCGGCGGCGGCUGCAGAUGUGGAGGUGGAGCAGUUGCUGAAUGAACUACAAGGUCCGUUAGAGGUGGUGCACAAUGUGAGCCUUCCAGAAGUUAAGAAGUACAUUUCCAGGUGGACACCAGCCAUUCAGAAGGAGGUUCAAGCUUUGUUGGACAGCGGGACUAUAAAGAGGCUAUCUCCGCAAGAGGCACGAGAGCUACGGCAACAAGGGAUGAUCAUUCUUCCUUCGAAAGGGGUCUUUACGGCCAAGCCGCCGAUUGAGACGAAAGAGCCAGACUCUGGAAGAUUCAGACGCAAGUGCAGAAUUGUUGUCUGCGGGAACUAUCUGCCUCAGAGCGGCACGGCAGUCUACGCGAGCGGAACAUCAGCCGACUCGUUUCGGCUUUCGGUUGCCUAUGCGGUUUACAAGAAGUGGUCUGCAGGAAGUACAGACAUCUCCAACGCCUUCACGCUAGCCCCUAUGCCAGGCGAUGUUCUUUACGGGUUGCAGCCACCAACGGUGGUGGGCAUGGCUGAUGAGACCCAAGCCGGUGAAGUAUGGUUGAUACAACGCGUGCUAUAUGGGUUGAGGGAAGCACCUCGACUAUGGGGACUGUUUCGAAACAACAGGUUCCAGAACGCGAAGAUCCCGUACGGCUUGGAGACUUUGGUGUUGUCGUGCAUGGAAACCGACGAGAACGUGUGGAUUGUACGGAGGGAAGGAGGGCGUGAAGUACAAGGUAUGAUGUUAGUAUAUGUCGAUGACCUGUUGUUUCUUUCAAGUCCCUCAAUCAUACAGUGCCUCUACGACUGGUUGGUGGGAGGAUGGAAGUGUACGGCGUUGGAAAAGAUCGAGAAUGGGUUCAUCAGGUUUUUGGGAAUGGAGUUGCGGCUAUGGAAUGAUGGUUGGCACAUUUCCCAAACUGGUUACAUUCGAGAUCUUCUACGACAAAAUGGGAUGGAAGAGUCUGAUAAGGGCUUGACGGUGCCAUGUGCCAGAGAGUGGUUGCAAGAUGAAGAUACUGAUGAGGAUAAACCGCAGCAGGACGAGGCCCUGGUGAAGAUGGCUCAGAAGGCUACAGGGGAGACGUUGUGGUUGAGUACCCGCAGUAGACCGGAACUGGCACACAGCGUGUCGUGUAUGGCAUCACGGGCUUUGAAUCAGCCUCAGAAGGCAUUGGAAAUCCACAAACGUGUUCUUCAGUAUUUGGCAAGGACGGUUGACUACGGCAUGAACUACUACCAUGAUGACAGCGAGCCCUUGCUAACUGUUUACUCGGACGCGAGCUACGCACCCGGUGGAGGGCGAUCCUUUGGUUGCAUCAUGGCGCAGUUGGCAGGCAUGCCUAUAGCGUGGCGGGCUAGCAAGCAACCAGUGAUCACGCUUAGCGUGGCGGAAGCGGAACUCUAUGAAGGGGUCUCAGCGGUGCAGUUGGGCCUGGGAGUGGAGGCGAUGCUACGUGAACUGGGUGAGGAUCCGGUGAUGGUGCUAAAAAUAGACAACCAAGCGGCGCAAGGCCUGGCGAGUGAAGCGGCGGGAUCAUGGAAAACACGCCAUUUGAGGAUACGUGCUCGGUUCCUACGGCAAGAGGUUAAUGCAAAGCGGCUGCACAUCGCCCACGUGGGUGGAGAUUACCAGAAGGCGGACAUCGGGACCAAGGCCUUCGAUCUCCCUAAGUUCCGAACUUUGAUGGCAUUGUGGAACAUGGUGCCGUGGUCCACGCAUGAUGCUACUAAGAUGAUGGUGAAGACGAUGUCGGUUGUGAACAACAAGCGUCCGUUGAUCUUCUUGUUGGUAUGUAUGAUGAUCAUCAAGAGUGCCGGAGCUACGAAGGAGGACCUGGCUUUGGACGGAUCUUUGGAGUUCUAUGCGGUGACGAGCUUUUUUGUGGUUGCAGCUGUGGCUGUUUGGGAACUGCUGAAGAGAAUGUGGGCAACUGUCUAUCGAUGGUGGGACGGUGCCUACUACGAGACGCUCUUCUUUGAGCACGGGAUCUGGAUCCAGUAUGACUUCGAGGUUGACAUCAACAACAAUGAGUACAAGGUCAAUGGCUACGCAGACGGACCCGCAAGGCACAUCAAUGACCUCACCGGUGCCAAGGUUCGUCUGCGGGGUCGUGGCAGUGGUCACUGGGAGGACGCCGUGCGCAAAG